AACGGGGGAGAGGAAAUUUCUUUGGUGUUGACAACUCUUCCGUCCUACCCAUUUUCAUAGUUGAAUGGAGCUAUUGACCUCUCUCUUCUUCUUGAUCGUCUAACAAUCCCUUAACAAAGACAAAUUUCAAAGAGUUCAGAUCUUCAUUGCAGAUUAUGUUGUUAUAUCAAGUUGACAUAAUCUAUGUAGAUCUCACAGAUUCAAGAAGAGUAUGAGGAGUGUGAAAAUUGGAAGUGGGUUUUUGUAGAAGUUUUGUGAUAAAAUGGGGGAAGGAGAGAAACCUUCGUCUAAUUUUGAGCUUGAAGAUGAAUCUAAGAAGAAGAGGAUCUGGGCUUUUUUAUGGGCGCCAGUUCAAUGGCUCAAAAUGUUGUCCAUGGAAAUGCAUUGGAGCUUCGUUUUUGGAGUUGUUGUUGUAUAUGGGAUAAGUCAAGGAUUGGGUGGUGCUCUUCUUCGUGUAGGUACUGAGUUUUAUAUGAAGGAUGUUCAGAAAGUGCAGCCUUCUGAAGCUCAGAUUUACUCUGGAAUAACUAAUAUUCCUUGGAUUGUUAAACCUAUUUGGGGGAUUCUCACUGAUGUUGUUCCCAUUUUUGGGUAUCAUCGAAGUCCUUACUUCAUUUUUUCAGGUGCUCUAGGAAUCAUCUCCAUGCUGUUCCUAUCAAUGCAGAAAAGGUUGCAUCUUGUUAUGGCUCUGGUUUCUUUAACAGCAUCAAGUGCUGGCGCUGCUAUAGCGGAUGUUACUGUUGAUGCUUGUGUAGCACAAAACAGCGGUGCUCUUCCAUUGCUAGCAGCCGAUUUGCAAAGCUUAUGCGCCUUGAGUUCCUCUAUUGGAUCAUUGCUUGGAUUCGCUUUUAGCGGAAUCUUGGUUCAUUUGAUUGGACCUAAGGCAGUUUUAGGUUUGCUUGCAAUCCCUUCUGGACUUGUAUUGUCAGUUGGCAUUUUGCUCAAGGAACCUUACAUUCCCAAUUUUGGUUACAGACAGGUUACAAGGAAGUUCAUUGAUGCUGCCAAGGAUAUGUGGACAACCUUAAAAUGCCCAGAAGUUUGGAGGCCAUGCAUUUACAUGUUCAUAUCCCUUGCUUUAAGUUUAAAUAUCCAUCAAGGAAUGUUCUAUUGGUAUACAGAUGCAAAGACUGGUCCAGGUUUCUCCCAGGAAACAAUUGGUUUCAUAUAUUCAAUUGGUUCAGUUGGUUCUCUUCUAGGAGCUAUUUUAUAUCAAUACAAUCUUAAAGAUCAUUCCUUUAGAAAUCUAUGCUUUUGGACCCAAUUGCUAUUUGGUCUUUCUGGAAUGCUGGAUUUAGUUCUCAUACUACGACUAAACUUGAAACUAGGAAUACCCGAUUAUCUAUUUGUUGUGAUCGACGUUAGUGUUUCUCACUUGAUCGGACGGUUGAAAUGGAUGCCACUUUUAGUUCUAAGUUCUAAGCUUUGCCCGCCUGGCAUUGAAGGCACUUUGUUUGCUUUGCUGAUGUCCAUCGACAAUGCUGGCCUGUUAACUGCUUCAUGGGCAGGGGGAGUUUUGCUUCAUUUGUUGAAGGUGACUCGUGAUAAGUUUGAUCAUCUUUGGCUGGCGGUUUUGGUUAGGAAUAUAAUGAGACUUUUGCCGCUUUGUUUACUGUUCUUGGUACCUGGUGGCGAUCCCAAUUCGUCUAUUCUUUCCACAAAUGAUGAUGUAAAGGAAGAGAUCAAAGCACAAGAGGAAGAUAAUAUGGAACUUGUCUCUCUUGUUAGUAAAGAUGAGGGAAGAUAACGAAGAAGAGUCGAAACAAAGACAAACAAUAUCGGCAUUGUUGUACGCCGUUAAAUCAGUUGAUGGAAUGUAAGUAGAUUUCUCGAUUUUUCACUUUAUACCUCUUUUUUAUUAUUAUCUGUAAACGAUUUCGAAAGUAGAAAGCUUUGUAUUUAAAAAAGCUUUAUAACUUUUAAUAUUGAAAUAGGCAUCACCUUAUCUUUAUUUUAUUCCAUUUUGUUUGUAUACUAUUUGGAUUACACUUUUGUUAUGUUUCUAAUAGUCACAUUUCAAAUAUAUAUAUAUAAUGCAUUUAUUUUAUG